AUGGGUGCUGAAGCAUCGGACUCUCAGCAGCUGAAGGAGGAGGGAAACACUUUUCUCCACUUGGCGAUUAUUCACGAGGAAAAAGCCCUGAGCCUGGAGGUGAUCCGGCAGGCGGCCGGGGACCGUGCUUUCCUGAACUUCCAGAACAACCUCAGCCAGACUCCUCUUCACCUGGCAGUGAUCACCGAUCAGCCUGAAAUUGCUGAGCAUCUUCUGAAGGCUGGAUGCGACCUGGAAAUCAGGGACUUCCGAGGAAACACCCCCCUGCACAUUGCCUGCCAGCAGGGCUCCCUCAGGAGCGUCAGCGUCCUCACGCAGUACUGCCAGCCGCACCACCUCCUCGCUGUCCUGCAGGCGACCAACUACAAUGGACAUACGUGUCUCCAUUUGGCAUCUAUUCAAGGAUACCUGGCUAUUGUCGAAUACUUGCUGUCUUUGGGAGCAGAUGUAAAUGCUCAGGAGCCAUGCAAUGGCAGAACGGCGCUACAUUUGGCUGUCGACCUGCAGAAUUCAGACCUGGUGUCGCUUCUGGUGAAACACGGGGCUGAUGUGAACAAAGUGACCUACCAGGGCUAUUCCCCCUACCAGCUCACGUGGGGGAGAGACAACUCCAGCAUCCAGGAACAGCUGAAGCAGCUGACCACAGCUGACCUGCAGAUGUUGCCAGAAAGUGAGGACGAGGAGAGCAGCGAAUCAGAGCCUGAAUUCACAGAGGAUGAACUUAUGUAUGAUGACUGCCUUAUUGGAGGACGACAGCUGGCAUUUUAAAGCAGAGCUCUCUGUGAAAAGAAGUGACUGUGUACAUAUGUAUAGAAGAAGGACUGACUUUCUUCACUUAAAAAGAAAGUCGUGACGUGGAGGGAAAAUCCAGGAGGGAAGUGCUGCACGUCCCAGCAAGGAGCACGUACUUGUAGUGGGAUGAUUCCAGGUCCUGGCCUGUGUUUAAGUACAGGAGCGGGAUGUAUAACAUCGGUAGAGAUCUGUGAUUAUUCACACCACCUGAUACAGAGCCACAUAGCCAAUCUUCUCAACCCUACGACAGUAACAGACUGGACAUCCAACCUGCUAGUUACAGAGAGCUAUCUUGUGGCGUUAGGUACCACAAGGAACGCGUGUCCUCUCACGGCCAGGCAGGCUCAUACCAACACCCCACCUUCUCAGAGACUGUCAAUUUGUGUCAAUUUGUCUUGGGCUGGUGGUCCUCCCCGGCCUUGCUGACUGACCUCAGAUGCGCUCGGUGGGCUGUCCCAGGCGAGAGGAGGCAAACCAAGGGACUGGUGACCUCCUGGCUGUUAGGAGAAAGGUAGCAAUAAUGUUAACUGUGGGCAUUGGAAACUUUGUGUUUCACACCAUGUGUGUCAUAAUUGCUACGCUUUUUAGCAAUUGUAUAUUGUGUAAAUAAUGUACAUUUUUGUUUAUAAUUAUUUUGGUACAUGUGAGAUACGUAUUUAUUAA